UACAUUAAAUAUAUUUCAUGAUUUCCUUUGACCAAUCAUGAAGGUGUGAAGUGUGAACAUUGAGCAUAGGAUCAAACCCUAAAAAGAAAUCUUUGAUUUAUUGACUAGAAUAUAGAGAAAUAUACCUAAAGCAAACAAAAUAAGGAACAAAAAUGUUUAAAAAAAGCCAUUCUUCAUCAUGGUGACAAGAGCUUUGCAUCACCAUGAUGAUUGGUCCAAGGAUUGCACCCAAAAAAAAAAAAAAAAAAGUGGGUCCCAAUUGACUGUUACAUCCCCCUAGCAAGCCUGCAAAAUAAACUUCCCUUUGCAUACCACCCUCAACAAACAAAACAACUCUUAAUUCUCUAAUUCCUUUUCCUAAUAUAAACCCAAUAUCACUUGCUUCUGUUUUCUAUAUAUAUCCAUUAACAUUCCUUGAUUUCUAUUCUAUGAGAGCUAUAUGCAACAAGUUAUUGUUUAGCUUAUAUCCAACAACUACCAAGAACAGCAAUCUCAAUUUCAACAUUUUUUCUUCCUCUAUCAGAUAUAUCAUGUCUGCUUCUGAUGAUCAGUCCUCUGCCUUCAGUAGACCAAGAAUGGUCACCAAGAAAGUCCUUGCCAAGCCUCAACAUGAGGGUGAUGGUGCUGUUGUUAGGAGAGGCAUUGGAUGUAAUGAGCUGAGGUUCUUGGAUCCUUUUCUCAUGCUGGAUGAUUUUUCAGUGAGUCCUCCUGCUGGUUUUCCUGAUCAUCCACAUAGAGGUUUUGAGACUGUUACAUACAUGCUUCAGGGAGCCAUCACCCAUCAAGAUUUUGCAGGGCAUAAGGGUACAAUUCAUACUGGGGAUGUGCAGUGGAUGACAGCAGGAAGAGGGAUAAUCCACUCAGAAAUGCCAGCAGGAGAAGGUGCACAAAAGGGCUUACAACUUUGGAUAAAUUUAUCUUCUGAAGACAAAAUGAUUGAACCAAGGUACCAGGAACUACUAAGCGAGGACAUAAAAUGUGCAGAAAAAGAUGGGGUUGAAGUGCGAAUCAUAGCCGGAGAAUCAAUGGGAGUAAGAUCACCAGUUUACACCAGAACACCUACAAUGUACUUGGAUUUCACCCUAAAGCCCAGAACCCAGAUGCAUCAAAGCAUUCCAGAAUCAUGGAAUGCAUUUGUUUAUAUCAUUGAAGGUGAAGGAGCCUUUGGCAUCAGAAACACUUCAGUAGUGCAAGCUUACCAUGUCCUAGUUUUGAGCUCUGGAGAUGGUCUAAGCGUAUGGAACAAGUCCUCUUCCAAGACAUUAAGAUUCGUGCUAGUUGCAGGGCAGCCCAUUAAUGAACCAGUGGUUCAGCAUGGCCCUUUUGUGAUGAACACACAGAAAGAAAUUGAGCAGACCAUUGAAGAUUACCAUUAUGCCAAAAAUGGGUUCGAGAUGGGCAAGUACUGGGCAUCUCAGUAAAUUAAGUGGAUCAAAUCUUGAAAGCACAGUCCUGUUAGCAAAAAAAAGAAGAAGGUUAGAAGAAAUAAAAGGAUACUAUCUUUAUCCAUGUCUAUUUUUAAUCAGUCAAUAUCUCCCAUUUAUACAUAGCAAUCAAAAUGGAAGUUGAAAAGGAAGUGUUUUCUUUACUGAUUGGAGUAAAGCAAGAGCUUCUAGAAGAUCCAAAGUGCAACUGCUAGAGCAGCAAAGUCAUGAUGGGUCAGCUUAUCUUAGUUGAUCUUGUUCUUUUUAUAUUUUCUAUUCUCAACUAGAUUUUCAUUUUCCUUUUAAAAAACAUAUAUUUUUGUGGUAGUUGGAGGUUAAAUUAUCACUUCUCAUUAUUACUAUUAUUAUUUUUUCAAUUUAAUGAUAUUUUUGGA